AUGUUGUAUGUUAAUGUUCCUCAGUUUGCUGCUGAUCUGAAACCUUGCACUGGCAAAAUUAGGUCUGAAACGUGGGUGCUUGAAUUUGUUGACUUUGGAGGUGAAAUGAGACGAGAUGUGUGGCAUGCUUUGAUCAGUGAAGUUAUUUGUUUACACAAGUUCAUACGGGAGUAUGGACCAAUGGAUGGUGAUCAAUCUGUAUACCAUGUGUAUGGUGCUCAGAAAGGAAAGGCAAGGGCUACUACUUAUGCUAUUAAUGGCAUCUCGAGACUUCAGGCUCUUCGGUUUAUACGGAAACUCUUGGAUGAACCCACUAAACUUGUUCAAUUCUCAUACUUGCAAAAUGCACCCUAUGGGGAUGUUGUUUCCCAAACUCUGGCUGUAAAUUGUUGGGGUGGACCAUUGCUUACAAAGUUUACGGAGGGGGAGUAUCAACCAGGUCAAGGAGCAAGGUCCACUAAUGAUGUACCAGAUAGUAGUAAUCACGUGUUUGACAUAGAUGGCAGUGUAUACUUGCGUAAGUGGAUGAGAUCUCCAUCAUGGGCUUCUAGUGCUUCAGUUGCUUUCUGGAAAAACUCUUCAGUAAGACAGGGGGUGGUAUUGAGUAAAAAUCUUGUUGUCGCUGAUAGGACUUUGGUGGAGAAGGCUGCAAUUACAUGCAGAGACAAAUACAGGGUGGUUGAAAAAACACAAGCCACAAUCGACGCAGCAAUGAUUGAAGGGAUACCCAGUAACGUUGACCUUUUCAAGGUUGGACUCUGUCUGGUUCUUUCAUAUUGUCUUUCUUUUUUCUGA